AUGCGCACCGUCUCUGAAGAGGAACACAAGGCUGCUGAGCUGGCAGAGAGUGAUGACCACAGCGAUAGUCUUAGUCGACAAACAAGCACCAUCUCUCGCAAUUCGAGUUGGGGCUCCCUGCACGGCCUUCACGGCCGAACACUUAUGAAGAAGAUUUUAUCGCGUCGAGGUUCGAAAGCAGAGGUUGAACCUGAAGCAACGGAGGCKGUGGAAUGUGAAGACUCGGGGAAAGAACAGCAAAGAGUAGAGAGAGUUACGUCUACAGAUACCCAAUGA